CCCCCAAUUCCUUUCUCCUUCUCCUCCAAAGUUCAAACCCUCUCCACUCUCGAUCUCAAUCUCCAUCUCCAUCAUCGCCACCAUGGCCACGCCGCCCUCCGCCGUCAUCGCCGCCGCCCCCCCUCACAUUGUCAUCUGCGGCGGUGGCGUUAUCGGCGCCUGCACCGCCUACUACCUCUCCACAAAGUCGUCGUCCUCCCCCGCCGCCCAUAUCACCAUCAUCGAGCGCUCCUCCAUCGCCUGCGGCGCCUCCGGCAAGGCCGGUGGCUUCCUCGCUCUUGACUGGUGCGCUCCUCCUCUCUCCCAUCUCGCUCAUGCCAGCUUCCUCCUCCACCGCUCCCUCUCCGCCUCCCUCUCUGGCCCUCUCUCCUACGGUUACCGCCCUCUCCACGCACUCUCCCUCUCCAUCCACCCCGAACCACACUCCUCUCCUCCCUCCCGCUCCCUCCCUCCCUGGAUCGACUCCUCCAACGCUGGAUCACCCCGCACCAUCGGCACCCCCGAAACCACCGCUCAAGUCCAUCCCCAGCUCUUCACCCAAACCCUAAUCUCUGCCUCCUCCGCCGAAGUCCUCAUCGGCGAGGUCACACGCAUCGAGGUCAUCGAAGGUCGCGUCACCGGGGUGAUUCUCAAGGAUGGGCGUGAGAUCCCCGCUGACGCCGUCGUGCUGGCAUUGGGGCCAUGGUCUAGCCGGUCGUCGAUCGUUUCCUCCCUGUUCGGCAUCUCUGUGCUCAAAGCUCACAGCAUCGUGGUGCGGCCCCGUGAGGCCGACGCCAUCACUCCGCACGCUCUCUUUCUCAGCUACCAAGAUUCGCCGGCCGCCCCAACGCUCGACCCCGAGGUCUAUCCCCGCCCAACUGGAGAAGUAUACAUUUGCGGAAUGACACAGGAAGUGGAGGUGCCUGAAGAUCCAGUGACGAUUGUUCCAGACCCAGUGUCAAUAAGGAUGUUGCAUAAGAUUGCCGGUAACGUAUCAAGCCAUUUGAAGGAUGGGGAAGCUGAGGUGGUGGCUGAGCAAGCGUGCUUCCUCCCCUGCAGUGAUGAUGGCUUGCCAGUGAUUGGGGAGGUGCCAGGGGUUGAGAGGUGUUAUGUUGGAACUGGCCAUAGUUGCUGGGGGAUUCUGAAUGGUCCUGCCACUGGUGCAGCACUGGCUGAGCUUAUUUUGGAAGGUAGGGCAACAACUGUUGAUCUCAAGCCAUUUAGCCCGGCCAGGUUUCUCCGGGGAAGGAAAGUUUCAAGCUAGGCGGAAAGUGGUUGUCUGGAUGUGCUGGUGAUUGAUUAUCACUGCAUUGGGUGCAAUGACGAAGAACAAAUAAUUAUCUCAAUGCUACAUGAAAGAUCAAAAAUAAAAUGUCAC